AUGGUUGAAGAAGUCUCUCAACGAGUUGUCCUUGAGGAUGUCUCAGAAGAUCAACCAAAUCGGGGAAUCGAUUCCGUUUCUCAUCAUAAGAUAAGGAUUGAUCACAAAGCCUAUCAAAGUGCCGAACAACAACAUCAACAAACAAUACUUUCAGAAGAGGACCACCUACCACCUCCACCACCUCCUGAUGAUGAUGGAAAGUUUGGAAAAUCUUCUCUUCCCUAUUGUUGUACAACAACAAGGUCUGAAAUUCUUCCUCCCUAUGUGUUUCCUCCUCCAAGGGACGAUCGUUUCACGAAUACGCUGAAUAACAUUAAUGCUCCCACAAUGUCCUCUUCUCAUGUCCUCUCCUUCAAUCUCUUCCCCAUUGCGAAGAUGAAGAAGAAACCAGUCUCAUUGAAAGCUGAGAAAUUCAAUCCCAUGAAUUACAUGGUCCUCUACGAGGAAGUCAUGCAAUGUGAGGCUGCUCGUGAACAUUUUCAAAGCUAUUUGAAAUUGGUUCAUAAUGAGGAGCCCCUCCUCUUCCUCAAUACGCUGAACGAGUAUAAACAAGAGUAUGAACGUGCUCGGGCAGAGAUGUUUGCUCUCGUUCGACGAAUGUCCUCAUGUUGCGAAAAUCAAGCGACAUCACCUCCAACCGUAUCACCCUCGACAAUGAUGAUUACCUCGGAAUCGAGUCCUCUCUCUUCUUCACUCAUGUUCUCACCUCUUGGAAAAUCUCAAUGCAGUGAACACAACCAUAUGGAAGAAGAUUCUUUCUUCAUGAAUCCAAUUAGGAGAUACUGUUCAACCCCUUCGGUUCAUUGUCAUUCAAAAUUACACUUCCUGCAAAAGUAUCUUCAUCAUCACCGUCACUCGUCACCAUGCGGAGGACAAGUCAUGGAGGAAGAAGUGCAUAUUUUCAAACGAGUCCUUCAUCUCUGGGAUAAGCUCAAUGAAAUUCGAGACUUGUUUAUAGCCCCUCAAAGCAAGUAUCAAUUGAAUUUGGCAAGCACCACACACUCUAAACCCUUAGGGAAUGCCUUAACGGAAAUUUCAAAAUUGUUGAACCCAAUUCGUCCAUUCCUGAUGCGCAACGAGUAUUCUUCAACAGCAUCCUCUUCCAAACAUAUCAAAGAAGAACACAAUUCAUCAAAUGUGAUGGCUGCUCUCUUGGAGUUGAGAAGAAACAGUGAAUUGUCCAACCGUUCGACCACGAGUGUGAAUUCUGGUUCUGAAAUUGGAGGUUUCAUGAUGGAGGAUCACUUGUUGUUGAAUGAAGGUGAAAAUACGUUCUACAGUCCAUGUCUAAUCUUGGAUAGAAUGAAUCCAGAGGUUCUGUUUGCAACCAUUGAGUUUACAGUGAAUUUAGACUUGUCCAUGGAUCAAUUUCCUCGUUAUUCUCGUUCUAAAGAGCUAUUCACCUUUCUUGAAGAGAAGGGAGAGGAAUUUACGAGAUCCAUCGCUUUGGACAUUUCUAAGGGUCAUCAUUUGGAUAUACGUUUCAAAGCGUUGGAUUUUCAUUCGAAUGUGAUUACGGAUCGAGACAUUUACUUUGCUUACAUGCUCUCUAAGGACACUUCGGAUUGGGAGGAGUUGUCCUUCUCUCGUACACCUACCCAUCUACAAACCUUCAUUUCAAAAAAUUCACAUCUCAUUGGUCAAGAGAAAAUGAAUGGACUUCGAUUGAACAAGAUGGUCCUGCAUUUGCCAUACAAUAUUGAGGACGUUUGGGCGUGCUUUUGCGAUAUCAAAUGCCGAUUAGAAAUUGAUAACAAUAUGGGGAGCGAUUUACAUUUGGAUGAAUACAUUUCACCGUUGCACUCUACAACAAGUCCUUCCAGCAACAAUUGUUGUUCCCUUUCCUUGCAAAUUGGUUCAUUCACUCUUGAUGUGAAAUUUCCAUUUGUUAAACCUCGUCACUUUCCCUUUGUCGCGACUUGUCUCAGAGAUCCUCAUACAGGGGCAUAUGUUGUGGUGGGUCAUACAACUGCUCUCAAACCUCAAGGCAACAACAAUCGAAAGAAAGAUGCUUCCUCUCUGUUUCAUUACAUUUUCUUUCCUUUGGGUGAUCACUCUACACGUUUGGUGCACACUUCGUAUGCUGACAUUCAUGUGUUUAUGGAUUCGAAGAGCAUUGGAAAAGCCUUUUGGAAAAAGCGAUGCAAAUUAUUGCAGAAUGGAUUCUACAAGGUCCUUAAGGAAAUGACCUCGAGUGGCACGAAACAUGUGGAAAUUUCACAAGUCCGAGAUGAAUUGAAACACUUCCAAUGUGUGAAAGAUAAUUCGGAAACAUUUAAAAAUCGAUCUUGGUUUUUUGAAUAUGAUUCACUUUGUUUGAGCGGUAGUAAUAUUCAUCAAGAAUAA